UCUUCAAAUAUUACAGCACUCACAAACAAGCUGGUCAGUUGAGGGAAAGAAGUUAUCAGGUUCAUAAAGCAUUACAAAGGAAAGGCCUUUUGACAGUGAAAGAUACUUCCAGAAUUUGCAAAUCCAGAUUUGUGUUUUGACAAACCUUUGAGCAUCAUGACUGGAACAGCAGUGCUACUGAUGAGCGUUUUCCUCCUUCUCUCUGCUGGUGCAGAGGACAAAUCAAGACUCUACCGAAGGCCUGCAUGUGGAGGUUUGAGUGUCAAUCAAGCAUGUCCUCUUAAUUACUCUCCUGUGUGUGGAAAUGAUGGCAUCUCAUACGUCAAUGAAUGUGCCCUGUGUGUACAGAGAAUGCACACUAAUGCUGACAUCUUGAUUGUGAAAGAAGGGCGCUGCUGAGGUGGAGAAAUCCCUUACAUCAUCACUUCUCCUUUUCUUAUCUAUGUUCGUUAGAAGUGUUAUUUGCUAUGCACAUCUAGACCUGUUUUGCACUUAGGAUGUCAUCAGUAUACCUAUACAGAUGUGUGCAUGUUUUAAGUACUUAGCUGAAUAAUGAUGUGUGUCAGUUUUAUAAUAUUUGAGUGAUCUAAUCAUUUACAGCUAUUGCAUUUACUGAUUGCUCCCUUCAAUUUAUUUCUCAUUUAAUCAGUUUGGAUUACAUCGAUGCUGUGCUGUCUUGCUGAGAUAUAUUUAAGCUAUUAUUAUUAGCCUAUUAUUAUUAUUCUGUAGGAGCUUCUCAGAGUGCAAUAUGUCAAGAGUGAGUGUUUUUGAGAUACAUCUCAUUUUUCUAUAUAUGGUAACAAGAUCGUUUAUACUUUUAUUUUAAGAUUUUGCUAAUAAAAUGAACCUACUGAGCUUCA